AACAGGACGGCCGGCGCUGAGUCUGCUGCAGCUGAAGAAGGGACGCUGGCUGGCUGACUGCAGGUGUGCUGCAAAGAGUUGACACCAGGGGGCAGCAGAGCAGCACACAUCAUGACAACGAGGUUACGGAAGAAGUUAGAAAGUUAGCAAAAUAAAGUCACCAUCACGGGAUGAUCAAAAACACCCCCGCAGGAAAGGAAAAAGCAGCUGUCGUUUUACCAGAAUAAAGUCAAAGUAUUUAGAGAAAAAAAGUCACAAUUUCAUUGCAAUGAACACAUGAAAUUGUGGAAACUUUGAGUUAUUUGAGUAGAAUUGAUGUUAUUUUGUGUUAUAAUGUUAUUUUUAUUUUAUUGUUAUGAUUUAAAGGUGCACUACUAUGACAACAACAGCAAAGUUGUGUUUUUUGGAAAGAAGUUAAAAUAUUACAGGAAUAAAGAACAUUUAGCAAGACUAUUUCAGAAGAAAGCUGAUUAAAAUAAUGUCAUUUUAGUGGCGUGGGAUGAAAUAUAUUUAUUUUUUAAGGAUUAUAAGAAAUGUAAAGUAUCUUAAGUAUUAUUUAGUAUUUAAAGUAUUUAUGGGGAUGAAGCCAUAAACUGGAAAGAACACUUACAAAUAUGAUUACAAAUAUUUCUUAAAACAAAUCAAUAUUCAAAUAUUUAGACUAUAAAAUAUCUGGAAAGUGAUUAUGAGGAAAAGUAAUGUCAUUUUAGUCGCUUAGGGUGAAAUAUUAAAAAUGAGUUGUAAUUUGUGGAAAAUGAGGCUGGGGGGAGGAAGUCCUUAAGUCCUACAAUAUUAUGGAAUCAAAAUGUACAAAGAUUAUUUCAGGAAAAAGGAACUCUUUGGGCCCAAACAGCAACCAUCUGAAUAAAAGAUGAAAGCGUGAAUGUGAUCUAAAUGAUGUGGUUUUCCACCUCUCGCCUUCACUGCCACCUAGUGGCGGUAAUGAUGUGUGCACGGUGCUGCCCGCCCGCUAGAAAAGCUUAUUUUAAGCAGAAUGUACGUUUUAGAAGCUCGGCAGUGGCAAGCUUGGCUGUUUAUCUUCAUGGUAAUCACAUGACUCAUCCUUUCAUCCGCCAUCGUGGCCACUGGACACGCAGGACCGCCAGCUGAUGAUGAAAAACGGGGGGAGUCAUUGAUUCCACCCCUCCAAACCCCCCAGCUAGCUUGAUGUUGACGUUAAAAGUAGCUUCAGCUCCGGAACCCUCCCCUUCUCUCUUCAAUUGCCAUUGUUCCCUCACACAUGUACACGCUCACCUCAAACACGUGCAAUCACAUGCAGCUUUCCAUCUCACAGCAGCUCCGGUGCGUUUGAGGACCGACCAAUCCAAGUGGGAAAUCUCAACGCUUGAGACAAAAAACACAAUCUGUCAUGAUUUGCGCUCUGCUGCCCUCUGCUGCGUCUCAGCAGUCCUGCAGCAACGAGGCCUUCUGAAGCCUUGCCGGGAGACUCGGACUCGCUGGUUGUCACGUCAUUGCCUCACCUCGCCCUGAAGCUGUCUGGGUUCUCUUGGUUCCUUCCAACUCGUUCCCUGGAAGUUGGUGUACCUUUUUCUUUCUUUGAUACUUUUGGACAAAGUUUGAUCUUCGACCCCUCGGAGGACACGUUUGACGCCUUCAAGCACACGACCACAGCGCUCUACUUCCCACAAUGCAAUUCUACUUAAAGGGCCAGCGGUCAUACGCUGUAAAAAAAAAACAAAAAACAAAAAAAAACACUUAAGUUGCACCAAAAAAAGUCAGCGAAACAGCGAGUCCACAAAAGGUGAAGCGCGAUGGAGCGAGGGAACGCUGCACUGAACGCCGUCAGCAAAAGGAACAUGUCAGAUCAAAGACAACAAUACGCCAUCAAACAACAUCAAAUGUAUUUGUAAAGUAAUGUAGCUGGUUCAAAGUGCGGCCCCGGGGGCCACUUGCGGCCCACGGCUGUGAUUUUAUCAGCCCGCAGCACAGUCUAACAAUGUCGUUUAACGAGGGAACUUAAAAAAACAACAGCAAAAAUGGGAAAAUCAAUCAAAAGUCAAAAUAUGAAGAAAGGAGUUGCAAUCCAGCGAGGAAAACAACCCACAUUUCACAAGAAUAACGGAACAGCAUGACGGAAAAUGCCAUUUUAGUAGAAGAAAAAAGGGUUUUUACUUCAAAAAAACAAUGAAUAAAGUUGUAAUUUUUGGAAACUUAGGUUGGGGAAUAAAGUCCAAAUAUUAGGGGAAGCAAAUAUACAAGAAGAAAGGUGAAAUAUUUGGAAAAUUAUAGAAAAUGCACCAACAGCAGAAAUGUAACCAGUGUAAAGGCAAAAUAUUACGAGAAAAAAAGAGUUUUCUAACGAGAAAAAAGUUUCAAUUUUCAUGAGAAUAAACUUGUAAAAUGAGGAAAAAUAUCAUUUGAGUAACAAGGUUGAAAUAAAGGAAGACGUUGUUGAUACAACUCAGCCACGACCUCGGCAUGGACGUGUCUGAUGACGAUGAACUUUAUUAUUUUAUUCUUUGUUUUUUCAAAAGUGAAGAGAAAAUGUGAGCUUUUUAAAAAGAAGCACACAAGACGUCCUUUUUGAUCUUUGACUUAUUUGUCACUUGUAGCGAGAGGGAAUGCUUUUUGUCUAGAUGUGCCCUCCAUUGGCUGUACCGCUGGGAUAGGCUCCAGCAUACCCGCGAUCGUAGUGACGAUAAGCGGCAUAGAAGAUGGAUGGAUGGAUAUUUUUUACUAUUUUUAGAAGCAGGAAAUGGAGGAGUUUACAUGCAACACACACAGUGGGUGGGCGAUACUGCAAAGUAUGUUACACCCACGGUGUGAGAAGGAGAGGUUCCGCAGGUCCUUCAUACCGACCGCUGUCAGGCUCUACCACCUGCACCACCUGAACCAUGUUGUAGUCACUAUGUAUUCUUUACUUGCGUAUCUUGCUUGCUGCUGUAACAAGUCAAUUUCCCCGCUGUGGGAUUAAUAAAGUACUACUACUAUAAUGUAUGGUAUCGAUCUGAUAGCAAGUAAACGCACAGCCAGCAUUGAUGAUUUCAUUUAACAACAAAACAAAAAAAAACUGUGAAACUUGUAAUUUUAAGAAUAAUGUCAUAAAAAAUAAAGUCUCAAACACUUUGUGAAAAUAAGCACAGAAGCCAAAUAGUACAUUAAAUAGCCAUUCGAUACUGGACUUACCUUUGGUAUCGGUGUUAUUGACGUUCGGAUAAAUCCGGUCACCCGGAUCUCAGGUGAGCUGGUGACAAAAUGGCGGCCAACAUGCGCAAGCAGCAGGAAUAUGAUCUAAAAUGCAAAGAUAGCCUAUUAAAACAGGAAACAUCUGCGGGACGUGGAUGAUAGCAGCCUGGAAGAUGCUCUUGGACCAACUCAUCGAAUUCACAGCGCACAGAUUGACUUUUUAAUUGAGAUUUGCUGUCCAUGCUAAUGACCACCAACGCCACACUCGGAGUGACGGCUCCCUCUGGCGGCGCCGCCUGUCACUGCGCCUCCCUGACACCCAAAGCGAGAGCAGCGAGCGGUUCUUCGCCAGUUUCUUCCGCAGCUCUUCUUGGCGGCGGGUGUGGAUCAGAUGUGAGCAUCGUGUGGAGGACGAGCCCAACGGAAGGGGACAGGGGACAGUUUCUAUUCAAAACAUUUGGAUGUUUUCCACGCCAAGUCAGGACAAUCCCAGAGUGCUUUUAGGUGAUUCCCUGGCUUUCCGCAUGUCCUUCUCAUCCCUGGAGCCAAAGCCUGAGCUGCAGAGACAAAUAAAGAUGCUUUUGUGCUUUGGAUUGCGAAAUCCUCAUCUGGCUGAGGAAUAGCUGAGUCAUCGAUGGCGGUGUUUCCCAACCUCCAUUAAGACAAGGAGAACCAGGCAGUCCUGCUAAUGUUCCUUCAGCUGAGUAUCUAGCUGAAGCCCCCCUUUCAGGCGCUUGUGGUUGACGUGGACACGAUGCUGCCCCUCCGCCUGCUCCUUCAUCUCCUGCUGCUCUGCAGGCACCCUGCAGAUAGCACCAUGCUUGGGGAGGAAGCUGACUUUUAUGGAGAUGAAGCCACAGGUUACGGGCCGGUGUUUGAGGAGCAGCCGGUGGACACCAUCUACCCCGAGGAGUCGCCCGACGACAAAAUCACCAUGAGCUGCCGUGCACGGGCCAGUCCACCUGCCACAUACAAAUGGAUGCUGGAUGGCGUAGAAAUCGACCCGAGCACGGCCAAACACAACCACUACGCUUUGUCGGAAGGCAACCUGAUCAUCAACGAGCCCGUUAAAAACCAACACGAGGGGAAGUACUCCUGCUUGGCCAGCAACACGUAUGGGACAGUCGUCAGUCGAGAGGCUUGGGUCCAGUUUGGAUAUUUGGACCUUUUCUCAUCAGAGGAAAGGGAGUCUGUGCAUGUGAAAGAAGGUCAAGGGGCAGUCCUUCUCUGUGCCCCUCCUCUACAUCAUCCAGCCGACCUGUCGUUCCGAUGGAUCCUCAACGAGUUCCCCAUCUUCAUCCCGCUGGAUAAAAGGCGCUUCGUCUCGCAGAUAACGGGCAACCUUUACAUCUCCAAAGUGGAGGCCUCAGACAGCGGAAACUACUCGUGCAUCGCGUCCAGCGCCUCCAUCUCCAAGAGCGUCUUCUCCAACUACAUCCCCCUGGUGCCCCACAGCGAACGUCCCAACAAGAAGUACCCGGCUGACCUCAGGGUCAAGUUCCCAGACACAACAACUCUGGUGGGGCACAACGUGACUUUGGAAUGCUUCGCUUUGGGGAACCCUGUGCCGGAGAUCCGCUGGAAGAAGUUGGAUGGUGACCUGCCCCCCAACCACGAGGUGCGGACGGCGGGGGCCCACCUGCACCUGUACAACGUGCAGGUAGAAGACGGCGGUCGGUAUCAGUGCGAGGCGGUCAACUCAAAGGGAAAGGAUUACCACAGCGCUCUCUUGUCCGUCGAAGCUUUUCCUGAGUGGGUGGAGCACAUCCGGAGCGUGGAGAAAGACCUGGGCAGCGACUACACCAUGUUCUGCGCGGCCAAAGGCAAACCCAAACCACGUGUCCGCUGGAUGAAGAACGGAGAGCCGUUGGACAGGAAGGAGAUGAGGUUCAGCAGCCUGACCUUCGAGGAUUCGGGGAUGUAUCAGUGCGUGGCAGAGAAUCACCAUGGAGUUGUCUUUGCCAACGCCGAGCUGCGUGUGUUUGACUGCGCUCCCACAUUUGAACACAACCCCGUCAAGCACGUCCUGGCUCCAAGAAACGGGCGGGUGGUGAUUGAAUGUCGACCCAAAGCCGCCCCCAGGCCGAGCGUGUCGUGGAGCAAAGAAACGGAGCUGCUGAGAAAUUCGAGCAGGGUUUUCAUCUGGGAGGACGGCAGCCUGGAGAUCCUGAACGUGACUCGUGCGGACGAGGGCAGGUACACCUGCUUUGCGGAGAACGACCGCGGCAAGGCCAACAGCACGGGCUCCCUGUUGGUAACAGACUCCACCAAGAUCACCUUGGCCCCCUCCAACGCUGACGUCAAGGUGGGCGAAAAUGCCAGGAUGCAGUGCGCCGCGUCACAUGACGCCUUGCUGGACAUCACCUUCAUCUGGUCCUUGGACGGCCGCGUCAUUGACCUUGACAAGGACAGGCAACACUACGAACGCCCCCCGAACGGAAGCUCAAAUGGCGAACUGAUGAUCCAGAGCGCCCAGUUGAAGCAUGCCGGGGUUUACACCUGCACCGCGCAGACGCCCGUGGACAACAUCACCGCCUCGGCGAGCCUGGUUGUACGAGGGCCCCCCGGCGCCCCAGCGGGGGUGCGAGUGAUGGACAAGAGUGACAGGAGCGUAACGCUGCAGUGGAGCCGCGGAGCAGACAACCACAGCCCCAUCUCCAAAUAUACCGUCCAGUACCGGGAUGCCUUCUCGCAGGAAGUGUGGAGGAACGCCAGCACAGCUCCGUCGGAUGUCGAAGGCAACGCCGAGACGGCCGCCGUGGUGGACUUGGUGCCCUGGACCGGGUACGAGUUCAGGGUGAUCGCCACCAACACCCUGGGCACGGGGGACCCCAGCAGUCCCUCGCCGAAGGAGAAAACCCUGCCCUCAAUUCCUGUGGUGGCGCCUUCGGAUGUGGGCGGGGGCGGAGGGGCCAGCAGGGAGCUGACCAUCACGUGGACGCCCGUCCAGGAGCAGUACUACUACGGUCCAGAUUUUGGCUACAUCGUGGCCUUCAAACCCAGAGGUGGCUUCGAGUGGACACAGGUGACCGUUUCGGAUCCCCAGGCCAACCGCUACGUCCACAAAGAUCCCUCCGUCCCCCCUUGGAUGGAGUUUGACGUCAAAAUCAAAGCGUUCAACGUCAAAGGGGAGGGGCCCUACAGUCUGCCAGCGGUGGUAUACUCCGCUCAAGACGCACCCUCUGAUGCCCCUGGAAGUGUCAACGGCAAAGUUCUCUCAGCAACAGAAGCCAUCGUUUGGUGGUUCCCCAUCCCGCAGAGCAACAUCGAUGGAUACCAGGUGAAGUAUUGGAGAAAGUUGGAGGACAGUGAAGGGGGGGGCCACAGGGUGGUGGUCUCCGGCAGGGAAAACCAAACCAGACUGGAUGGAAUGAAGCCGGACUCUCUUUACCUUGUUGAGGUCCGGGGCUACAACUCGGCGGGAUACGGGCCGGCCAGCGAUCGCCUGGAGAUCCAUACCAGGAGAGCUCCUCCCAGUCAAGCCCCGACAAUAAUCGGUAAAAAGUUCAAGGGCAAGUCGGUCAACAUCAUGUGGGAGCAAGUGGAGACGCUGGCCAACGAGUCCCCGGUCGAAGGCUACAAAGUGCUGUACAGGCCGCAGGGCCACUCCACGGGCACGCUGUACAUGACCAACAGGCGGCACAUCGAGCUUCCCCUCUACGAAGACGAGACCUACGUGGUGGAGGUCCGAGCGUAUACGGAGGGUGGAGACGGGGCCGUGUCACAGAUCUUCAUCACAGGAGGAAGCGUGGUGGCCGCCCAGCCGCUCAGCACAAUGGGCCUGCUCCUGGCGGCUCUUCUCUGCCUGAACCUCUGAAUGUAGCAGCGUCUUUCUCUUCACCCUGGGACGUGAAGGACACUCGAUGGGCUUCACCCUCCAAGGACUACCGGGAGUCUUUCCACAAUCGUUUGGUUCCACUCUGUUCCCUGUUCCGACUCCUCCCAGCUCUGGAAGAACUUAGUGGAAGUAGACAGGAGCGGGCAUCCCUUCUUUUUACCCAGGGGGUCAACUAUUCAAAAAUGCCUUAUGUAAAUCUUAUGUCUGCACUUAUCCUUCACAAUCACCACAGGCUUGUCUUUUCCUUUUCAGAGCUUUUGAUACAAACAAACCCCACAUGCUCACAUCUGCCUGUGAAGGAUACGUGUACGCGUUUAUGAGUAUUCAUCAUUGAUUCAUUGACUUCUCUUUCUUCUUAUUCUCUUUUCUUCCGCACGUGUAGCACAGCCUCUGCUAAGUAGAUACAGCCAAAGCAAAAGUCCUGAUCAAUUUCUACUGCCUGAUGGUGGAAGAACCCCAAACUUGUAUCCCUCAAGUGUACUUAGUGUAGCUGUGACCUUCAGACGGCAGCAGCAAAAGAAAGCCUCAACCUAUGAAUGGAUGGAAUCAGAAGCGAAGCCUUCCAGCCUCACUCACCCACAAGCAAAGGCUGACAGCGUCCACACUGCCAAGCAAACACAAUAAAAAUGCUGUCAAAUGACCAAAUGGGGACGCACAAGCAGCACAAAAGCAGAUGCUUGGACUGAAUUAGCCUCUUGGACCAUGGAUGACCUGGCAGGGCACCUGGUGGGACUUUCAUUUAUGACACUCUGUGAAGCCUAAAUGCUUUGCCUUGGACCACAGCGUUUGGACUAGAGAUGCACCGUAUCUUUUUCUUUACAAAAACAAUACUGAAACCAAUAACCUUCUGCUUCCUGAUACCGACAUGGUACCGAUAAACGAUAACUUUUUUAUAUCUACUUUUUAAAUGUAGAUGUAAGUGUAGUUAGUGCACACGUGGAGGUAAGAAGGACUGGAACAACUGAUGAAAUAUGAUGACAUCACUACUACCAGGAGAGGGGGAGGAGCCACCUGCUGUGGCCCAGCAAGGUGCACUGGAUUCAGGCACAUGCGGCGAGCAGCCGGUGUGACGCCACAGAGGUCUCUGGCAAACGUUUUGCACUUUUCUCGCGUUUCAGGUGGCUGAUAAGGUUUAUUUUGUAGAAACAACACUGACACAGAAUGAAGGAAUGAAGCUGACCUGGCAAUUUCCUGCCUUUUGAGGUAGUAACAGAGGCGGGUCAAAGCAUGUCUAAGGGAAUGCCGGGACAGGGGUGUGACGGUUAAAAGAAAAGUGCACUUUUUGUGGAUUUUUGCCCAUCAUCCACAUGUCUUUCUCAUUUCUGUGCAUUCUAAAGAUAUAAAAACAGCUAAAAAGAGGCAGCUAAUUCAUUUUUCCUGUUUGGCCUAGAAAGGCUGCAAUGAAAGCACCUCCAAAAAGCUCCAGCAAGGUUUAGUGGUUUUCUAUCCAUGCUGUAAGUGUGUAGUCAAGCUACAUUCAUCAUAAUUUGGAAUACUUGGAGUAUUUUGGGAACUUUGAUUUCACAUAGCAACAUAGAAAGGAACGCUACACCUAGCAUCAAAAACAAAAACAAGCUCCAAUAUGUAGCAUUACCUUUGGCUAGUGUGUGGUGAAGCUAGUGGCUAGCAGGGAAGUAGCUAGCCGCUGUGGUGUGGCGAGGUGUCACUACGCCAGUAAGGUAGUUCUUGGGCGUAACAAUGUUAAUAAGAAUAAUGGGCCUCAUUCACGAAACGUUCUUACGCACAAAUCUGUUCUUAAAGCCUUCCGACGAAGAUUUUUGGCAUUCACGAAACGUGUUCUUAACUCCCAGUUCUUAGAUCUAAGAACAAAUUCUACGAACGCUCAGGAGGACUCUUACGCACAAGCAAAGCUUGCACUUUCAAUGGCAAUCGCCCUCAUGAUGGAUUUUGCAACCUGAUCCCAAAAAAUGUAGUGCAAAUAAAAUAUCCCAACAAUGAUUUAUCGUCAAAACAAGUAAAAUAUACUCCAUGGAUAAAUAUAUAUUCACAUCCCAAUUCAUCAAAAAAAAAGUAGCUGGCUGGACGUGCGCUGCACAGAGAGAGAAUGUAAAGGGACCAUUAGAUUUAUUUGCUUCAGGCUUCAGGCUUCCCUCUCUGUUCUUGCAGGUGUGCAGGAUCAUCAGAAUAACAUCGCAAUGAAACGUGGUGUGCCUAUUGCGCACGUAGCACCCCCAGAUAACGACAUGCGCCCCCAGCCACGUCUUGAGCCAGAGCACGGGGCUGCUGUAUUAAUUAGGCAGCGUCUAAUCAAAUGUAACCACAGAAAAAAUACAUUGUCACACACAAACUAUGUAUUUUGACUUUAUUUUUCCAUCAUGAUUGUGUAAAUAUUUUCUAGAGUUUCCGAAAUGGUUUGGUUUCUGAUUGAUGGCCCACCUCCCGUUUCCUCCAGAUCCCUCCGGUGCAGUCCAAUCUUUUUUUUUAGUCUAUUUUAAGUCAAAACACUUCUUUUUAACCUCUGCGGUGGCGCGUUUCUCCGUGGAAACGGCAUUUAUGUUUCCUGCAAUGGUGCUCCAUGCCGACUCUUUUUGGAUGGCCUGAUGACCGGUGGAUACACGUGAAAAUAAGGUGGUCUUGUGUUCGCUCACUCCUUGUAAAAGCACCUCUAUUUCAGUAGAAUUGACGUUUUUCUUCUGUUUGUUGUCCAGCUGCUCCUCAGUCUUGCCCUUGCGCGUUGCCAUCUCCGCCUCCAGCUGCCUGUUGCGCACGGCACAUUUUUGACCUUGUAUAGGAAAUAAUAGGCGGUGACCUAUGCAAAUUAGGGCUUCAUCAACCUAAGAACACCGGUGCCAACGAUUAUCCCUACUUAAGAACGUGUCGUGAAUGUGGCGCAGUUUCCAUCCCGCGCCUUCUUAAGUACACUUCUUAAGAAGACUUUUAAGAAGAUGUUCGUGAAUGAGGAGCAAUGUGCUUCCUGUGCAGCUCACAUGAUGCAAAUUGUUGGCGCUUUUUGGAGGUUUUAUUAGAAGGCUUUCUAGGCAGAAUAGGUGCGUCCCAUUAGCUGCAUUCAUAGCUGCCUCUUUUUUAUCUGUUUUAUAUGUUUAGAAGGCACAGAAAAGAGAAAGACGUGUGUUCGUGUCUCACAGAAGGACUGUGGAUGAUGGACAACAUUCCCAAAAAAGUGCACUUUUCCUUUCACACACACUCUUGUUGUGUUGAAAGUAUUUGUAAUUCAUAGUAAUACUACAGUAGUGAUGGGUUCUGUGUAUGAGACAAAGAGAAAGCGUGUCUUGGUGGUAUCAUUUGGUGUUUGCUAUGGAGCAGAGAUACAGGAUGGUGAUAACGCCACACAGAGACACUCGCUUCUUCGGCAUAAAUCAAAUCAGUCUUAACAGGAAUGGACGACCACUUGCAAAAGCCCCUUUCAUGCAGCCUGUAAAAGCCCCCACCCCCCAAACGCUCCCAUCAACAUGUAAUGUCGGGGGAAGAAGUGAAAGGGGUUGAAAGCAUUUUUGCUUUGGCUGUAUCAGGGUGGUAUCAGCUGGUGUUUCCACCAAGCAGUGCAGUCGAGUUGGGAUCACCUCGGUACGGUUUGGUACGGUAAACCCUACCGGGAGAUCCAGGGUGACCAUCUGCAGUGGGACCAAGAAAGUACACGCUCUUGUACCUUUUGUUGUUCUCUACCCGCUCUCGUCUUUACGUGGUCUAGCUCCGCCCCACGUCAGCAAACACGACCACACUGCCCCUCCCAAGAAAAGGUUGGAUAAUUUGGCAAAUGCCAAAUGUUUAUGGAAGCGUGCUGCUUGGUGGAAACGCCACCCACGCCCAUCUGUCCGUAAUAAAGCAACAUGCCUAGCUCGUAUAACGGUGGACUACCAUGUGUUCUUCUUCUUCUCCUUCCUACAAGAGAGAAAGAGAGAGAGAGAGAGAGAGUCAGCAGCUAAGAGCUCAUUGUGUUGUUUUUGGUUUUCAUGCCAAGGCUGUGGUCUGCUGUUGUUUGUCAUCAUUUCAACACAGGCGUCCCUCAACCGGAGGACCAAAAUGUUGCGUCUUGAUGCUUCUUGCUGUAUGUUGUGAGCAUCCACCACAAAGUGCUUCUCCUGGUUUCCCCUCCGUGCAGCAGCAAAAGAAAGGGUUGCCAAUUGCAUGACUUGCCUUGAAAGUUGUUGUUUUUUCACAGGAAGCUGCACCUCGCCGCAGUCCGACGUGCAUGCUAUACAUUCCAUCCUGCGUGGCAUCCCUUUACGUCACAGAGAGGAGAACUAAUCCUCAUCUGUGCUUUAGUUGCCAGAAGCUUCAUUCAGCCAAGAAGGAGACAUUUUGUUUUUGUUUUUUUUCCAGAAAAGUAUGAGGGAUGGAAAGUGCAACGGCUUGUUGGCUGGACAGGAACAAUAAAAGUCUAGUAAACGAUUGCAAGACUGCUUUUGUUUUUUUGCCUG